CAGCCUUUGAUGUUCAAUGUAUGAUACCUCGCCCCCCAGUGCGUACGCCAGCCAGGCUUUUGGUGAACUGCCAAAUUCUGCGCAUAACAAAGAUAGAAUCCCGUUAAUGAUGAAGUAGAUGACUUUGAUGAUGAUGAUGAUGAUAUGCCAGGAUUAGGGGAUGAUGACGCUUGGGAGGAAUGUGAUGAAGAUGGUGGUGAUCAACCAACCAAGUGUCUGUUCUGUGAUCAAUUCAUGGACUCGGCUGAUCAUAUGUUUGAUCACUGUGGGUCUUGCCAUGGUUUAGAUUUGAUCGCUGCCUGUCACAAUGCUCACCUGGAUUGUUUUAUGUUCAUCAAACUGGUUAACUACAUCAGAGCUAAGCAUCCCCGUGUGGCAGAAUGUCAAUCCAUGUUGUCCAGCGCAGUGACACAAAACCCACCAUGGGACAGUGAUGAGUUUAUGAUCCCCAACAACCCAGAGGAUCCGCUCCUACAGUAUGAUAUAGAGAGUGUGAUGGAAGAGAGACUUAAGGAUGACACAGUCACUGAAUCAGUUAAUCAGACUGUGAACGAGGGAGGGGAAUUGGUAGACAUAACUAACCUUAGUCAUGAGGGGAUGUGUCAGAAAGCGCUCGCAGCAGAGGCACGUGCCCGGCAGGCGGAAGAAGAGCUGGUGAGGGUGUUAAGAGACCUGGAGCGUGUGAGAUCUGUGACGCGGACUCUGAUGUUAUCGCAAGCUGAGGGCCCUCACGGAGCCACUGGUGGGGUGAUAGAAGGACUUAAGGAAGACGAGGAUGAGGGCUACUUCAGCUCCUAUGCCCACUUCAGCAUACACCAGGAAAUGCUCAAAGACAAAGUUCGCACUGAAAGCUAUCGUGAUUUUAUGUACAAAAACAAGAGGCUGUUUAAAGACAAGAUUGUCCUGGAUGUGGGGUGUGGGACAGGAAUCCUCUCCAUGUUUGCUGCUCGAGCAGGGGCCAAACAUGUGAUCGGUGUCGACCAAUCAGAUAUUAUCUACCAGGCUAUGGAUAUAGUCAAGGAAAAUGGUUUAGAAAAUGUGAUAACAUUGAAGAAGGGUCGCCUUGAGGAUGUGGAGCUUCCAAUUGAUAAGGUAGAUCUGAUCAUAUCUGAGUGGAUGGGAUACUUCCUGCUGUUUGAGUCUAUGCUUGACACAGUGUUGUAUGCUCGUAGACGACAUCUGGCCCCAGGAGGUAUAGUUUUUCCUGACCGCUGCACGAUGAGUGUUGUUGGCCUGGACGACAGUUCCCUCCAUGAGAAGCAUGUGUCAUUUUGGGAGGAUGUGUAUGGUUUUAAGAUGAGCUGUAUGAAGAAGGAGGUGGUUCGGGAGGCCAGUGUGGAGAUAGUUAACUCAGAGAAACUUGUCACGCAGCCGUGUCUGCUCAAGGACAUUAAUGUAUGUGAAGCAGUUUCAUCAGAGUUAGACUUUGUCUCUGACGUCACAUUAACUGUCAGCAAGGAUGGAAACAUUACAGCCCUGGUUGGAUAUUUUGAUAUUUACUUUGAAAAAGGCUGUGACAAUAAGGUGAUGUUCUCAACCAGCCCAGGAAGUCCCUACACACAUUGGAAACAAACAGUGUUUUUACUGGAGAAACCACUUUCAGUGAAGAAAGGAGAUGUGAUCAGUGGUAGACUGAGCUGUAAAAAAGACCGAAGGGAUCCCAGAAGUCUGAUCAUCAGUGUCAAGUUGCAAGGCACAUCUUACACCUUCCUCAUGCAGUGACAACUCCAAAGACAGCAUGUCUGCAGAAUUUUUUGUUUUUUUUUCAUGACAGCAGUGAGGUUUCAGGGGUAGUGGAAACUUGGAGAAGCAAAGAGGAACCUGCCUUUCACCAUGUGCCUGACAAACCUCUUAGUUUGGAACAUUCACGCUCAACCCAGCUGUAGUACUUGAUUCAACCACAUGAAAAUGGUGAGGAGAUAUGGAAACGAAUGGUCAUUCUGUUUAUUGCACCUUUCCUGAUCGAUUUAUAUUCCAUUUCUUUAAACGACUACGUCCUGGCUGUUCAGUGACUAAUUUGAUGCCUCCGACGGAUUUUCAUCACUGUGUGUAAUAUUUCUAGCAUGACUGCUGUCGGCCAUCUUGGAUUUCCUAGCCAUCACACCUUUAUAAAGAUGUUACAACAUACUCAAUAUGGCAACUUGUCUCAACAUUAAGCGGGUGACCUAUAAGCUAUUGAGCUUGCUGAAAUUUGAUAUCAAUGGCUGAUACAAUUAGGCUGUGAUACCCAUCAUUAAAGACAUAUAUCAAAACAAUUAACACCCUAUUGAGUUGAAAUGGCAAGUGUAUUUGUUACAAGAAAAUAUAAGUUUACAAUAUCCUCUGGAAUGGGUGAAGAAGUACAUGUAUUGGACCACUGUUUAAAUAUCACAAUAAAAUUAGAGGAUGUGUAAGGACCCAACCAAGUGAAAAAUUGUCACAAUAAAAUUCAUACAAGGGUAUUAUUAACAGACAACUUAUUUCAUAUACCCAAUUAAGAACACUGAAAUAAAACAUUUCUUUGCAUAGGAUUUGAAUAGGAAAAUACAGCAUGUACUUCUUUUCUUCAAGCAUAUUUUUCCAAAUGGAUACACUUCUAUGUCAUUUUGGAUGAUCUUUUCA